AUGCAGUAUUUUCAUUAUCAAGUAGUUAUGCCUCUUCUUCUCCGAUGUUCAGCUUUACCCUUACCUCAAUUGUUUCUACUCGUGCGCCAUCAUUCAUCUACCAAAUUGUUCGUCGCAGGGCUUUCUUAUAACACGAAUGAAACGGUCCUAAGAGACACAUUUCAACGACAUGGGGAAAUCAUUGAAGUUAAAGUUAUAUGUGAUCACAAGACUGGGGAAUCAAAAGAGUAUGGAUUUGUUAGGUUUAAUUCUGAAACUGCAGCUGCCACAGCUCGCAAAGAAUUGCACGGAAAGAUAGUGGAUGGCAGACGCAUUCGAGUGGGUUAUGCGCACAAAGGGUAA